AAACUCACUCAAAAAAAGAAAUACAGAGAAUUCAAAAAAAAAGAAAAGAUUCUUGUAAGUGAAAGCAAAGAUGGUGAUGGAAGAGAAACUCGUGAUCAACGAACUGGAACAAGGGAGAGAGCUUGCCCAACGUUUGAUGAGCAAUCUCAAAGACACUUCCUCAAUCGAAUCCAGCAAGAACUUGAUCUCUGAGAUCCUCAGUAUCUACCAGAAUGCUAUUUCCAUGUUAGACGACAAGAAGGUCCUUAAACGUAGCCGUGAGAUCGAUGACAAAGAUUCUAAGAACGUGAUAAAAAAGAGGCAAGUGUUUGAGAAGAAGACAGAGAAAGUUAGUUUCUUUGUCGGAGCAGGACAAGAAAAGGGUUCCAUUGAUGAUGGUUAUUGCUGGAGAAAGUACGGUCAAAAAGAGAUUCAUGGAUCCAUUAAUCCAAGAGGAUAUUUCAGAUGCACGCAUCGAUUCACACAGAACUGUUUAGCAGUGAAGCAAGUCCAAAAAUCAGACAGAGAUCCUUCCAUUUUCGAAGUGAAGUAUGUCGGGAGCCACACUUGUAACAACACUACUACGUCCCCAAAGACACCGAACUUCUCUAUUUCGAUGUUCCAACAAGAAGACAUCAAACCGACGAAAACAGAGGAAGCGAUGAUGAGUCUUGAAGAUCUCGAGAGCACUAAGAACAUUUUCAGAACGUUUUCUUUCUCCAACUACGAGAUUGAGAAUGCUGGUGGUGGUUGGAAAGGCAACCUCUUCCAUGAGGAUCAGCUGUCUCCUGCUGCGACUACGUCAGGGUCUGGAAUCACCAGCGAGGUUGCAACAGCUCCUGCUUCCGUUGAGAACUCGGAGACUGCAGAUUCGUAUUUCUCGUCUUUGGACAAUAUUAUCGACUUUGGACCGGAUUGGUUGCUGUCGUGUGACGUUUUGAAUUGGUGAAUGUGAUAUUAAUGUGGUGGUAGUAAUUAAAUAGAUGAGUGUAAUAUUAGGAUUAGAUUUAUAUUUUUUGCUGAUGGAUAUAGACUGGCUUUAAUCAAUAGGGAGGGGUUUGUUGAUUCUCAUUGAAGUUUAA